CUUCGACUCGGGAUCGCUAAAGUGCCGCACUUCCUUCUGGUUAGGCAAUGGGGCGGGCCCAGAACCAAGAAAGGCAGCGUGCGAUUGGUAGCCGUGCAUCUUACGUGACUGCUCAUUGGUCCAUUUUGGGGGAUAACCGUCCCAGUUGCCCGAGAAACAAGAACGUCAUGUCUUAAUAACCCACCUGUGAUUGGUCCGCCCCUCAGGUUAAACUUAAAAGCCCAGGUUACCCGCGGAAAUCUGGCUUGCGCGAUGACUACCGAGAGGCGGCUGGGGUGCUGCUCCCGGCCGCUGUGCUCCGCGCUGGCUGCUCGCUUCCUGGCCCUGGUUCUCUGGGGCUUGUUGGGGGCCAGGGCCCUGGACAACGGCUUGGCGAAGACCCCUGUCAUGGGCUGGCUGCACUGGGAGCGCUUCAUGUGCAACGUCAACUGCCAAGAAGAGCCGGAGUCCUGUGUCAGUGAGAAACUUUUCAUGAAGAUGGCAGAUCUCAUGGUCUCAGAUGGCUGGAAGCAUGUAGGUUAUGAGUACGUCUGCAUUGAUGACUGUUGGAUGGCUACCCAGAGAGAUAGUGAAGGCCGACUUCAGGCAGACCCUAAACGCUUUCCUGGUGGGAUCCGUCGCCUAGCUGAUUAUGUCCAUAGCAAAGGAUUGAAGCUAGGGAUUUAUGCAGAUGUUGGAACUAAAACCUGUGCAGGCUUCCCUGGGAGUUUCGGAUACUAUGACAUUGAUGCACAGACCUUUGCUGACUGGGGAGUUGAUCUGCUAAAAUUUGAUGGUUGUUACUGUGACAGUGUGGCACAUUUGGCAGAUGGUUAUAAGCGUAUGUCCUUGGCCCUGAAUAGGACUGGCAGAAGCAUUGUGUACUCCUGCGAGUGGCCCCUUUAUACAUGGCCUUUUCAAAAGCCCAAUUAUACAGAAAUCCGAGAGUACUGCAAUUACUGGAGAAAUUUUGCUGACGUCUAUGAUUCUUGGCAAAGUGUAAAGAGUAUUUUGGACUGGACAUCUUCUAACCAGAAGGGAAUCAUUGAUGUUGCAGGACCAGGGGGCUGGAAUGAUCCAGACAUGUUAGUGAUUGGCAACUUCGGCCUCAGCUGGGAUCAGCAGAUAACUCAGAUGGCCCUCUGGGCUAUAAUGGCAGCUCCAUUACUUAUGUCCAAUGACCUUGGAAACAUCAGCCCUCAAGCCAAAGCCCUCCUUCAGAAUAAAGAUGUAAUUGCCAUCAACCAGGACCCCUUGGGCAAGCAGGGAUACCAGCUUAGAAAGGAGGACAAUAUUGAGGUGUGGGAACGACCGCUCUCAAACUUAGCCUGGGCUGUGGCUAUGGUAAAUCAGCAGGAGAUUGGUGGACCUCGUUCUUACAGCACCUUGGUCACUUCCCUGGGCAAAGGGGUGGGCUGUAACCCUGCCUGCCUGAUCACACAGCUCCUCCCAGUGAAGAGAAAGCUUGGACUUUAUACAUGGACUUCACUGUUAAAAACUGAAAUAAAUCCCACAGGCACUGUUUUGCUUCUGCUAGAAAAUACAGGCCAUACUCAUUUAAAUUAAGAAAAUUUAAUUUGUU